GUGGCUCUAACUGCGACACUUCAAUUAGCAGUUAGCAAACCGAGCAUGAGUCCGAGUUAGGGACGCUUUAUUUACGACAUUACCGCGCUCUGACAGGCUCCUUCAGCCGGAGUUUGAGCUCCUGCGAAGUUGCUGCACAGAUGGAGCUGAGCAGGAGGAAAGUGCCUCUGUAUGGCCAGGCCAAGGUAUUUGCCCUGCUGGAGGGUUUAGACUCGAUGCCAGAGGAUACAGAGGUCUACAUUGUUUUGGAAGGGUCCACGCUGGUUCAUGUCACCCGGGCUCAGAGUGAUGUCAUGCUUUGCUUUAUAGUGCCUGGUCAUAACCUGGCAGAGAUGGUUUCUGUCCAGGCCUAUAUGUGCUCUGAAACCACACCCCUCACCUGGGUAGGCGGGGCUUCACUGGAGUAUGUCCAAGAUGAUGCUCAGGAACUGGCAGAGCACCUGGUUAUCCACGGACAUUCCCUUAGCUCCACAGAUCACAAAGAGUUGAGCAGCCUUUUUAACCUUGGCCAGCAGAGCUCUCGCUGGGCUAUGGAUCGACGCGUGGCCUUGGCCAUGGCCAACCUGGAUAUCCCGCAGAACUGGAAUGUACUGGGGAGCCACAGUGGAGAGGAGCACAGUCACAGAGAGUCUCCCCUCCACCUGGCAGUGCGGUGGGGUCUUUAUCGCCUUGCGGAGCUGCUGCUUUGUCAGCCAGGGGGGCUGAUUGCCAUCAAUUUGCCAAAUGAGGAGGGAGUCACGCCGCUGCAGCUGGCACGGACAGCCGGCAACACAGAGCUGCUGGAGCUGCUUACACACCCACCCAACCCUCUAGCCACCCCUCCUGCAGAUCUGUCCCAGGUUUGGGCCGAUCGAUCCCGCUUGCUGAGGUUUUGUCACGAUACAGGGAACCUAACUCUGACUGUUCGACAAAACCUGAGGUGGAGCUCAGAGGAGAGCCGACAUGCUGACAUCCUGCUUCUCAGAGACCGGCUCAGAGAUGAGGAUUUCCUCAGAGAGAUCAAAGCUCUAAGGAGGGAGCGAGUGGAGACGAUCUUAGAGAAGGAGGACCUGGUGGAUGAUCCUGCGGACAGCGCUCUGUAUGCUGAUAUCAAUGGAGGGAACUCCGCUGCAGAGGAAAAUGACUAUGAGGAGCCACUGAUGUUCUGCCUAAAUGAGGAAGAAGAGGACGAUCCAUCACAGCCUGACUGCGUGAAAAGUCAGUCCAUAAGAGAAAGCCAGGCCUCGUCCCCGACUCUGGCCGCUGCUGCCAGAUUAUCAGCGAUGAUUCACGGCAAAGAUAGAGUGUUCGCCAACACCAUGCUGGUGGAUCAGGUGGGUGACUCUGACAUCAAGUACCGCUCUCCAGAGGAAGAAGAGGUCAGCCCUGUAUCUCCCAUUGGCAGCCCAUGCUGGCACUCCUUCUCCAUGAGUUCCAGUGACUCAGGGAACUGCUCCCAGAACCAGCACACAUCCUCACCCCAUAAUGGGGAGAGGAGACUCAAAGGUCCUGGCCUGGAGAACCACAGGGAGCCGUCCCCUCACGUCUCUCCCUCCUCUCCCUUUGUUUCCUCCCCGUCUUUUCCUUCCUCUCCCCGAGUUUCUCCCUUCCGUUUACUUGAGGGAGCACUGAGGCGUCAAACGCAGCAGAGCCUCCCAGAUUCUCCUUCUCUGAAUCGCAGAGGAUGUAGCUUGACUGAGACGAGCCGUGGCCUGAGUCCUAGUCUUGAAUGUGACAGUGGAGAAGAGGACAUAUUGGGGCAUUCAUAUCCCUGCUCAUCUUUAAAGCAGCAGUCCAUCCUUCGCUCUAGCUCAGGAGAGGAGAGGGACUCUUUUGACACCUCUCCAGACUUAAACCGCACACUCUCUGACAGCUCGUACACUGCCACCAAGAACACAAAUGAAGCUGAGGUUCGUCUGCGCUCCUACUCCUACUCCUCCCCCAAGGCGAAACUGUCACGGCCGCUGCUAAACCGAGAUGCCACCAUCACUGACUUGGCAGAAGAGUCGAAAGCAUUCAGUCUGAACGAGACUCCCAAAGAAAAGAGGGUUUUGGGUUUCCGUAAGCGGGCCCAGUCAGCAGAGGAAGAGAGCAGCGCUUCACUUCAACAUCUCACUCUUACAGAGUUCCUCAAAGAGAUUGAGGAUGAGGAGUGGGAUAAAUACAUAAUCCCAACAAAGACAGAAUCAGAGAAGUACAAGGUCAGCCGAACCUUCAGCUUCCUCAAGAGCAGGAUGUCAAGCACGCGAAACAAGACCAAGGUGAAGGGCAAAGAAGUAAAAGAAGGAAAGGAGAAGUCUGGAGCUGCUAAUGGACACCAGUUUGUGCCUGUGUCUCCAUCUGGUCCCGCUCUCUGUGUGGCCUGUGAUAAGUCUGUUUCUGGGAAGGAGCUGUUGCAGUGCUCCAACUGUUUCCUCAAUGUCCAUAAAAAUUGUCGAGAGUCAGUUGCCAUCUGUGGGAAGAAACAGCAGGAGAGGAAUGCAGUGCUGAUGAAAAGCAAGACUUUGUCUCUCCCACAGAAUUCUGUGAAAGACAACUCUUCCACCUCCAUUUUCUCCUCUUCUUCUACACUUCCGACGAUGACCAAAGAGAAGAAAGAAACCACAAACCCCCUCUCUAAAAGCCUCUCCAUCUCUAUAGACAGCAGACGGCUGAGUGAUGCAGCAGCAGUGGACAGUGAGUGUAAUGUGACAACUUGCACUACUGGCUCGUUAUCUGAUGAGGGAACGCCGGUCACGGUGACACCCACAUCAGCUGAGCAACCAAUCAUCACACAGGAUGCUGUUGAAGCUUCACUACUGAAUGAUCUUUCAGCCGACCUGCUGGGACUCGAGGUGGAGUCUUGGAGCCUGGCAGUCAGUCGGGAGUUUUGCAGGCAAUACGACAGACGCACCAUCAAACGACAAGAUGUGAUUUAUGAGCUCAUGCAGACAGAGCUGCACCACAUCCAAACGCUAACGGUCAUGUCAGAGGUUUUCAGAAGAGGCAUGCUUGAGGAGCUGCAGCUGGACCUGGACUGUGUGGCUCGGAUCUUCCCCUGCUUAGACCCCCUGCUGCUCUUUCACAGAAACCUCUUUGGUGCACUGCAGGAGCGCAGACAGGCUGCAGCCCAACCCGAAAACCCCAGAAAUUACCUCAUCCAUCAGAUUGGAGAUGUGCUGCUUCAGCAGUUCUCUGAUGAGAAUGCUGAGAAGAUGAAGCAGGUGUACGGAGAGUUCUGCAGCCAUCACACCGAGGCUGUAAACGUCUUCAAAGAGCUACAGCAACAAAACAAAAAACUACAAAACUUUGUCAAACAACAAAGCAACAAUUCUCUGGUUAGACGGAGAGGGGUGCCAGAAUUCAUCCUACUGGUCACUCAGCGCAUCACCAAGUAUCCAGUGCUCCUGGAGAGGAUACUGCAGUACACCCAGGAGGGAAGUCAAGAAUACUCCGACCUAUCGAGUGCUCUGGCUCAGAUCCGAGACAUAAUAGCUGCUGUGGAUCUGACAGUGAAUAAGCACGAAAGGUGUCAGGAGCUGCAGGAAGUCCUGGCCCGGCUUGAGAACAAGAGCUUUGCCAAGCUUAAGAAUGGCAAGGUUUUCCGCAAACAGGACCUGCUUUGCACACACAGGGAUCUGCAGUAUAAAGGGCUCAUCUACUGGAAGACUGCCACGGGACGUCUUAAAGAUACUUUGGCUCUGCUGCUCACUGAUGUUUUAGUCUUUCUUCAAGAAAAAGAUCAGCGCUUUAUAUUUGCUGCUGUGGACCAGAAGCCUCCUGUAAUCCCUCUGCAGAAGCUUAUCGUGAGAGAAGUAGCCAAUGAGGAGAGAGGGAUGUUCCUCAUUUCCGCCUCCUCAGUGGGACCAGAGAUGUAUGAAGUUCACACCUCCAGCAAAGAUGAGAGGAAUGCGUGGAUGAGACAAAUAAGACAAGCUGUAGAGAGUUGUCCUGAAGAAGAGGAGGAGGAGGAGAGAACUGCUGAAUCAGAGGAGGCCAGGAGAGCAGCUGAGGUGAGAGCUCAGAAGAUCACCAAGUUCCAAGAGACUCUGUUGGGCCAGGACCAGCAAAUCUGCAACAGCCUGGAGGAGAAGUUACAGCUCUAUGCUCAGCUUACAGAGUUAACCCUGCAAUCACCACAAGCUGUGCCACAUCGCCAUCUGCUGGUACAACCAGAAAGUGACAGUGAGACACCAAGACAGGCCUCCUCCUUGCUCACAGCUGCACUCAGAGAAGCGGAGAACCUGAUCUCCAUUCUGCAGGCUCGCGAUGGCCUUUCUGUACAGAGUCAGGGCUCACCUGUUCGAGGACCAGAGGGCUUCAGCUACAACAGCCACGGCAGCAGCAUCCAGGAGUCUCCCUCUGAGCCUGAUUAUCUGAGCACACUCAGUAUGAGCUCCACCUCUCUUGGAUCAGACAGCGAGCUGACAGGAUUGGACAGUGCACUGUGGAGUUCUACUGCUGAGCAGAGGAGAGGAGACACCAAAGUGACAUUGUUAAAGGUUGCAGAGAGUGUCCAGAGUCUGACUCAGCUCCUUUAUAGUCUACAGGCUGCUGUAACUCUUCAGGACAGUUGCCAUGAAGUCCAGAAACUUCUUCUCCAAGAGGGAGAUAAACCUCCACUCAGAACCCUCUCUUCCCUCCAAAACAGUGGGGAGCUGGAAAAGCAGAGGAGUUUUGAUAAGAAGAAAGAGGAAAUAGAAAAGAAGGGCUCAGAGAGGAGGAAAGAAGAUGUGGAUGAAGUUCAGAAACUCCAUGUGAAGCUAAAACAGGAGCAGCAUCGCUGGGACAAAGAGUGUCAGGCCAGAGAGAAACAACAGAGUGAGCAGGAGAGUGCGCUGGAACAGCGGGAGAAGCAGUGCCUCCUGGAAGCUGAGCGUUUGCGAUGUGAGCGUGAGGAGCUGGAGGCUCAGCUGCUGGAGUAUCAACAGAAUCUGGAGCGGCUUAGAGAGGGUCAGAGGAGUGUUGAGAGAGAGAGGGAGAAGAUUGAAGCCCAGCAGAGGCUCCUGCAAAGCUGGAGGCACAACCGCCAAAGCAGCCUGCCUGUUACCAUACCACUGGAUGGAUACAAGGUGUCUGGCCACAGUCGCUCAGGUAGCCUGGAUGGAAGCUGUUCAGUAUAUGAGAACGAGGCAGCUUUCCUCGCCUCCCUUCAGCAGAACUGCCUCCACCCACCCUCUGACAACAACCAGCACCAGCAUCUGAUCUCAGUGCCAAGGAAGAACCAUGACGGCUCACUGCGCAGCUCCAGCUACACAGCUAACAUGGGCCUCAGUGCCAGUCUCUACAACAGCCUGAACACUCUGCUGAGUCAGGCUCACAGCAAACAGCCUGCAGAUGGUCUGACAUUCCCAAACUACAGCAACAACCAUGGCUGCACCCUGAACGACCCCAUCCACUCUCUCAGCAGCAGGGUCAACACACAGCCACAAAAGACCAGCACAGACUUCAGCCCACCAUCGGACAGGGGACCCCUGGGUCCCUGGAGGUCUGAGCUCACCAGUCAUGGACUGUACGAGGAUGACUACUCCUCAUCUCCCUCUAUGACCCCCCUCCUUCCCUCCCAGGCUUACCUUUCCCUUGAAGGACAGAAUGGGGAGGAGGUGGGCGAGGAGAAUAUUGUUUAUCUCUGAAACUGUAAUGUAAGCCGCCUGACGUGUAAUUUGUUGCUUGGUUAUGUUUAUGUAUGUGUGCAUCCAUCAAAAUAUAACUGAAGUAAGUUAAUUUCUAAAAACCCUUAAUAACUAAGUAAGGGAAAAGUUUGUUUGAAAAAGUGUCCACAGAUGAAUGUGCCUUUUAAAAUGUAGUGUACAUGUCAGCCAUUAAUCCUCCUGUCUGAGGACACCAUUGUGCCUCUUUGUGAACAUACUCUUUGUAAAUCAGCUUUUAGAGUCAGACCUCCUAUGUUUGAUUACGUCUGCUUUGAUUCUUUAGGUGUUUGUUGCACUUUUAUGAUGAAUGAUGUAGAUUGAUGCCAAGAGCUGGAGCACCAGGAAAUCAGAGCAGAUGUUCACAUUUUUCCCAUAAGCACUUAAAAGAAAUGUCUGAGAGCUCCCCCAAAACUAUGUAAGUGCUUUAUUUCUCCAUGUGAUCUUUAACAAUAUUUAUAAAGGAUUGUGAGCAUCUAAAUGAAAAAAGCUAAACUUGUUAUAUAAAUGUUAAAUAUGUGUAUAGUUUUAUGGAAAAGCUACCUAUGCACACUAUGUUUGAAGAGCAUCUAAAAAUCCUGUAAUUAAUUUUCUCACUUAAGUGCCAAAAAUCUUUCUAUUUGAUAUUGUAAGUGAUUUCUGUAAAGAAUGGCUGAAUUUUUUCUGUUGGUCCCCUUUUAUAAUAAUUUAUUGUAUUUAAAUUGCUUCAUGCACUGUCAACAUUAAUAAUAUUUUGUUUGAUAUUUUUUCUUGUAAUCUGUGUAAUCAGAACUGUGAUGUGCCAUAUAAAUAUUGUGAAGUGUAUAAAACUAUU